AUGUCCAAAACAUGGCUGAUGAGGCCCUGUCUGACAUUCUUGGACGCCGUGGCAAGAUCAAAGUCGGGAAUCAUCAAUGCGGACAGAAAUCCCAUUCUUAACAGAGUGCUGCGAUGGACCAUUUACAAUCAAUUCUGUGCUGGUUCCAACAGCACAGAGGUCUCUCGCUCGAUGGGGGAGCUAAGGCAACUUGGCUAUAAAGGCGUUAUUUUAGGAUUUGCCAAAGAGAUCGUACUUGAUCCUAGUCAAGGCGCCGCUCUUGCGGACGAUGCCAAGUACGGACCGGCGUGCUAUCACAUGAUUGAUGAAUGGAAGGAUGCCAAUCUUGAUACCAUCCGCAUGCUCUCGCCAGGGGACUUCUUGUCUGUGAAACUCACCGGCGCAGGUCCGAUUUGCGUCGCCGCAUUACAAGCUCGGGAACCUAUGCCGCCUGCCAUUUCAGACGCACUCGACGAAAUUUGCAUGGCGACGAGAAAGGCCGGCGCCCGGCUUUGGAUAGAUGCUGAACAGCAGAUACUCCAAAUCGGUUUGGAUGAAUGGGUCAUUGAGUUGAUGAAGCGACACAACCAACAAGGAGAACCCCUUGUGUAUAACACCAUCCAGGCAUACCUCAAGGGAGCGAGAGAAAAUGCCCAACGCCAUAUUCUCCAAGCGGCACGAGAAGGAUGGGCGUUGGGGGUCAAACUUGUCCGAGGCGCUUACAUCGAAAAUGAAGUCCGAUCUUUGAUUCAUGAUACAAAGAAUGACUCAGACCAAUCCUACGACGAUAUAGCCGACAUGUUCAUAUCGCGCAGAGCCCCUCAGACCGACGGUCGGGAAGAGGUCUUCUUUCCCUCCACUGCUCUGAUGUUAGCAACGCACAAUGCCGCGAGCGCAUCCAAAGCUAUGACAACACACCGUGAUAGGGUUGCUCAAGGAUUGCCUCUCACAAAGUUGGAAUGUGGUCAGAUCAAGGGCAUGGCUGAUGAGCUUAGCUGCUCCCUCAUUGAAGACUGUGAGGGAACUUUCACAGCGGACGAUAAAACAAGGAUAGAAACACCUGGCGUCUUCAAAUACAUAGCAUGGGGAUCUGUCUCGGAAUGCAUGGGCUAUCUUUAUCGCCGGGCAGUAGAGAACCGCGGGGCUGUUGAACGAACGCAGCAUAUGGUCGAUGCAUUAGCAAAGGAGCUUCGCCGCCGUGUCUUCGGAUAG